AUGAUGAUGGGACAUUUGAACCAACUUUUGAAUUUUCUUAAUUUAGAAUUCAAAGACAAAGAAAUUACAUUACCAGAAGACUUUCAAGAUUUGGUGUAAAGUACAAGGUUUCACUAAUACAGAAUGCAAUUUGAAACAAUUCAAAUUCCAAGACCAAAGUCAGACCCAGAAUCUACUAAAGUUUUCAUGAGGAAUAUGUAUAGAACACCACAAGAUUUAAAUUAAAAUGAUUAUUGGGAUUAUCCUUGA